AUGAGCAACGCAAACCAGUACGGCGACCUCGCCACGCAGCUCCUCACCGAGUCCCGCCGGUCCACGGCCACCAACACCCUCCUCAAGUACAACGACGUCCUCGUCCGCUCCAUCAUCCGCGAGCAGCGCGACCUCGAGGCCGCCAUCGAGGCCGCCCUUGCCCACUCCGCCGCCCCCGCCCCCGACAACGCGUACAUGCCGACGGUCCUGCUCUACCAGACCGCGAUCCUCCGCAACAAGCGCUGCCUGCUCGCGUACCACCACCACCGCGUCGAGUUCCUGAAGGACCUCUACUGGUCCGUCGGCGGCGCGCUGCCGCUCCUCCUCUCGCUCGCCCCCGCCCCCGCCCCGGCUGCCGCGGACGCGAGCGCGGGGGGAGCCGCGUCGGCCGCGCCGCAGGACAUCCGGUCGAAGCUCUCUCCGCACGAGGUCGACUUCCUGCGAUCGUACGCCGCGUCGCUCCUCACGUUGCGCACGGAGGCGUUCUCGUCGGCGUCGGGCGCGGGCGCGGGGUUGACGGAGGACGUGGACCUGCUCGCGCCGAUAUCGUAUCCGCCGAAGGAUCUGCAGGUGCAUGUCCGCGUCGUGAGGGAUUGCGGGAUCGUGCACACGGAGCUCGGGGCAAUCGACUUCAAGCGCGGGCAUCGAUUCCUCGUGCGCAGGUCAGAUAUCGAGCAUCUCAUCGUGCAGGGGUAUUUGGAGGAAUCGUAGCGGCAGAGAGCAGACUGUACGUGCUUGCACCUAUUGCUAUCGUUGUUUUCUUGCAUGGACCCUCUAGAUGUAGUGAGCUCUCAAUGUGUGUAUGCUCUCGUAUGGCAGUUCAGGAUUCAACAUGUUGUAUAUUCUCC